GAUUCCAACGAACAUAUAGCUGGUGUUGCUACUGCGGAACGUCGACGUCAACGGUGAAAUCCAGAGAUACAGUUUGCUCAGUCUGCAAGAUCAGUCGCAAUGCUCGAGUUUCAAGUUGUGCCGGAAAAGUCACUGAUAAACGAUGACAUCCAACUUGUUCUCGGUAUGUCGAUCAACCAGGUGAUCCAAAAUCUGCAACGGCAGUUCGAAAUCAUCCACUCGAUUGAGCUCAGCUACUCGGAUAAGCAUCCAUUAGCCGGAGAUAUCGUUCUCAACCUUCGACAGGAUGGAAUCCGGUUGGUCUUCGAACCUACUACCCAAAGACUGAAGCUCAUCGAGGUGACGAACUUGUCUAAAGUGAAACUCACUUACUCGGGCACUGUUUUCUGUUCCAAGGAUGUCCCACCCACCCGCGAUCAGAUCGACGAAACCUUCGGUGCGACCUAUCCCGGAGAGUUUGACGCUGAUGCGCGCAUGUUUCAUCAGAAAUUCCGGGGCCUCUGUUUCUCGUUUGCAGCGGACAGGAAGGCGAAAGACUCGAACAGUUUACACAGUUCAGUUGUUUCGAGGAUGUCGAUCUACACCGGAACGUCGCAUAAAGACACAGUACCCCCUCCCUUGCCGCUGAGCACGUUCGGCGACUCGAUUUUCUUGGAGCAGCUUAAAGUUAUACGGGAUGAGGGUCAGGGACCUCGUAACCCAGGGCGGACUCGAGGGGUUCAAGUCGAAAUUGUGCUCAAAGCAUCCUACGACCGGACGAACAUGGCCGCCAAGAAAACGUUGAAAAGAACGAUUCUCUUCGGUGACAGCGUCAGCGAUGUCGUCUCGCUCUUGGGGAGCCCCUCGAAGAUAUUUUACAAAGAAGAGGACAAAAUGCGAAUUCACUCGCCGAGCGCAACCGAGGACGAAACGGGUCAAGACCUGCGCUCGGACUACUUUUACAAUUACUUCACCCUGGGUCUGGAUAUUCUGUUUGACGCCAGACGACAUACUGCCAAAAAAAUUGUUCUGCACACGAAUUUCCCGGGUCAUUACGACUUCAAUAUUUAUCAUCGAUGCAAUUUUACAAUGGUUCUACCUUCGCUGGAGCAGGGCGAACCGAAGGUCGUCAUCAAUACGUUCUCGAAGUGGGAUGGUAUUUCUACUCGCCUGGUUCCUCCCGAGGAGAAACCGGUUCUCCUUAACAGAGGCUGCUCGACGAAUACCACGAAUCCAUUCGGCUCAACGAGUUGCUAUGGUUGUUGCGGGGAUGUCAUCAUCGAGGUCAUUGGGAACAACAACCAUAUCGCUUCAGUCACCCUCUUCGAUUCAUCGCUACCUUCGUAGCUGAGGCUGGAGCAAUCUAUGAAAUCCCUUCAAUUGGAAUGACAUCAUCCAAUCGGUUCCACCGCGGGACUGUCAGAUAGUUUGAAAAUAUCCGGUAAACAGAAAGUUCUUGUUCGGGGAAGUUCAUGAUCGUUUCCGAGAACAAUCCCAUAAGUUCUCGAAGCACACAGGUGGGCUCCCAAUAUACAGAGUGGAGCGAUCAAUUGGAAAGAGAGCAUGUAGCCCGGUACUCGGCACUGACCUCAUGAGAAUUUGAGUACACUGCGAGGGAGACUAGGUUCGAGGGAGCUUCUCCCCGCGGAAGGGAUUUUCUGGAAGAUGCUGCCAGCAAAGAUUCAGUUUUUUCUUUCCCGGAGGAGGAAUCUUCCCUAGCAUCAACUCGCUCGCAUAGUGAUCUUAAUUCAUGCGUGCCAGAAUUCGUACAUGUGGUGUAGGUAUGAAUGCGUGUUUUCGGAACAUGGGGAGCGUGAUAACGUGUGUGAACAACCUUGUAUGGUAGCCGUUUUCAAAUAAGAUUCACGGACCCGGAGUAUAGCCAUGAUAAUGCUGUGAAAUUCGAUGACAGACGGAAAAUUGAGAAUGAUUUGAGAUAAAUUUGUACUGUUACAUGUAAAUCGGUAGGGUUCUCAAGAACUCGAGUCGGAAAAAAUGUUUGAAAGAAAAUUCAGGCGACCGCCGCUAUAGCCGAAAAAUCCCUUUUGAGGAAGACUCCAACAUUCAUAACAUUCAGCGGAUUUCGUGAGCUCUCCAAUUAAUGACGCUGUGUUAAUUCUACGUAAAAUCAUCGCGGAAAAGAAUAUAGUAAGUCUAUGUGUCGGUCAGUGUAUUGAGCCGAUGCCCUGCUCGAAAUCAUCGAUAGGCCCUCGAUUAUGCAGUGAUGUAAAUAAACUCAUAGCCGAU